AAAAAAUGUCUCACGGAAGUGAAUCAAAGGUCGUCAUUGAAGGUGUCAAUCAAAGUAAAGCCUAUGUUGGUGUACAUGCUGCCUCUGGUAUCAUUAGUUUCCUCGUUGCUAGAGGUAUUCUCCUUGUUCCAAUUCAAAAUGAAAAGACUAGAAGGCAAUUUAAUACUCCAAAUAUUAGUAGUGAACCAUUGACUUUUGGAUUAGGCCAAGAAGUGCUCAUUCAAUUCUCAAAUUUCUUCUUGAGAGUAGGAAUUAACUCUGCAUUAAACGCAAUGAAAUUGGAUCUUCCUCCAAUUGUGCCAAGUGUUUUGAGUGACAUUGCUGUCUAUCCACUUGUUGCUAAGAGAGUUAGAGCCAUUAUUGCUGGUUCUGGCCUUAUUACUCAAGUUGAAAAGCCAUCAUGGACUAAAUGGCUUACUUCAGUUGCUACCUAUGUACUUUAUGGAAUAGUAGAGGAAGCAUUGUACAAUGUAAUUUUUGAAAAGGUUUCUGAUUCUGAUCUUUUACCUAUUGACACAACUUCAAGUGUUUAUAAUGAACGUUUGGUCCAAGGAUUGUGUCUUGGCCUUUCAAAGGUUGCCCUUUCACCACUUGAAAUUAUCUAUAAGAAUCAAAUGGUUUUCAAUGGAGUUCCUGCCAUCAAUAGAAAUAACUUUUUAUCACUUUAUACAAGAGGAUCUUACUUUGGAAUUUUGGAAGGUAUUUCAUUAACCUAUGUAAAAUAUGCUGUUUUUAAUAUUUUAAAUGAAAACUUGACAAAACAUUGAAGUUGAACAUCAUCUAAACAGUACAAUAAAUGUUUAUUUAAAUUACUAU